AUGUCGUCGAAUAUUAUUGUUAUCGGGGGUUCGAGAAACAUUGGGUAUUUCUCCGCUUUGCGGUUCCUUGCCAAGGGGUCGACGGUCACCUUUCUCCUCCGAACACCGUCUGUCUUCGACAAGGACACGACGAUCCAGGAAUACGUCAAAUCCGGGAAAGCAUACCUCGUCAAAGGGGACUGUCAGAUCGAAGCGGACGUCCAACGCGUCUGGGAUGAAGCCGGCAGCAAAGGACCAGUCGACCUCCUACUAUCCACCGUCGGCACAUAUCCCAACUUCACCCUCACUAAAGGGUUUGUCCAAAACCCUGUCGGGCUCGUAACGCAAUCCUUCUUCAAUGUCCUGUGCACUUUCCCUAUCAAUCAGUCGCCCCAGCCCAAAGUGAUCACACUCUCCUCCAUUGGUCUCUCGCGUACCUCCCACGACUCCCUCCCACUCGCCUUGAAGCCUCUUUACGGCUGGAUGCUCGCCGCGCCGCACAAAGACAAGCUGGGCAUGGAAGUCCUGGCGGCACACGCCGCGGGCUGGUCAUGGGACUACAAGAACGACGGGGAGCCGGGAGACGACGUCAUGAGGGGCGAGCCAUGGGGAACGGCGUGGAGGACACGGAAGGGCCUCCCCGCCGAGGGAACCAUUAAGAGAAUGUUGGUGAUACGCCCUGCGCUACUGACAGACGGGGACUGCAAGGCUGAUAAGGCUGGGCGAAAGGGGGAACCGUAUCGGGUAUCUGAGAAGGAGCUUGGGGGAUACACUGUGUCCCGCAAAGACGUCGCCCACUUUAUUACUGAAGCUGUGACGGAGAAGUGGGACCAGUACGAAGGAAAGCGGGUGAACAUAGCCUACUGA